GUAAAAUGACGCGCCCCGUACACCGCUGGCCCUCCACUGCCAAACAGGCGUGGAAUUGCUGUAGUGUUACUUGAUUGAAGAAUUGUAUUUUGUGAUUUUUCUCGUUUAACAAAACCGACCUGGCGUUGCAAGUUCGGACGAGUUUUGACACACUUGAGGAACGCGGUAACGGCGACCAACGAGGAUGUUUAAAAAAUUUGAUGAGAAAGAAAAUGUGUCUAACUGUAUCCAGCUGAAAACAUCAGUGAUCAAAGGCAUCAAAAAUCAGCUGUUGGAACAGUUUCCUGACAUCGAGUCAUGGCUCAAUCACAUAAUGCCAAAAAAGGACCCUGUCAAGAUAGUGAGAUGCCAUGAACACAUUGAAAUCCUGACAGUGAAUGGAGAACUGCUUUUCUUCAGACAAAGAGAAGGACCAUUCUACCCAACCCUCAGAUUGCUGCAUAAAUAUCCUUUCAUUCUUCCACACCAGCAAGUAGACAAAGGAGCCAUUAAAUUUGUCUUGAGUGGAGCCAACAUCAUGUGUCCCGGACUGACGUCACCAGGAGCUAAACUUUACCCGGCUGGGGCUGACACAGUAGUUGCCAUAAUGGCAGAGGGAAAACAACACGCACUUUGUGUUGGCGUAAUGAAGAUGUCUGCAGAAAGCAUAGAAAAAGUCAACAAGGGAAUCGGAAUCGAGAAUGUUCACUAUCUGAAUGACGGAUUGUGGCACAUGAAGACGUAUAAAUGAUGCCUGCAACGCCCAACCCCAAUCUCCUCGGAAAAUGUGCGGAGCUCUUGACAAUGAGGCAUGAGCUGCCAGUCAACUGUUUACACGUACAGACUUAGCUGUGUAACCUGCUGGACGCUUCGACUUAACCAUCAUUAUGCACAAAUAAAAGAUCUUGCUUUAAACUAUA